AUGCAGGAACCUGUGAGGUCAAGAUUGGCCUCCCUCAGUGACUUUCAAUUUGGAGCUGUUGCCACAGAGACGAUCGAAGACGCUCUGCUUCACCUGGCGCAGCAGAACGAGCGAGCCGUGCAGGGGGCUGCCGGCCGGAUGGGCAGCUUCAGGGAGACCCGGAUCGUGGAGUUUGUUUUUCUCCUGUCUGAACAAUGGUGUCUGGAGAAAUCCGUGAGCUACCAGGCUGUAGAAAUCCUAGAAAGGUUCAUGGUUAAGCAGGCAGAGAAUAUCUGUAGGCAAGCCACGACCCAGCUGAGAGAGAAGACGGAGCCUCAGAAUUGGAAAGCUCUGAAAGAACAGCUUUUCAACAAGUUCAUCCUGCGUCUUGUGUCAUGUGUUCAACUGGCGAGCAAACUUUCCUUCCACUACAAAAUUAUCAGCAACGUUACAGUCCUGAAUUUCCUCCAGUCUCUGGGGUAUGUGCACACUAAGGAGGAACUGCUGGAGUCAGAGCUUGAUGUUUUGAAGUCCCUGAACUUCCAAAUCAAUCUGCCUACUCCCCUGGCAUAUGUAGAGAUGCUUCUGGAGGUUUUAGGAUACAAUGGCUGUUUGGUCCCAGCCACACAGCUGCAUGCAACCUGCCUGACCCUGCUCGACCUUGUCUAUCUCCUGCACGAACCCGUAUAUGAGAGCCUGCUCAGGGCUUCAAUUGAAAACUCCAUACCCAGUCAGCUGCAAGGGGAGAAGUUUGCUUCAGUGAAGGAAGACUUCAUGCUGUUGGGAGUAGGAAUCAUUGCGGCAAGUGCUUUCAUCCAAAACCAUGAGUGCUGGAGCCAGGUUGUGGAGCAUUUGCAGAGCAUCACUGGCAUUACCCUGGAAAGCAUCGCUGAGUUCUCUUACGCAAUCCUGACUCACAGCGUGGGUGCCAACACUCCAGGGCGACAGCCUGUCCCCCCCCACCUGGAGGCCAGAGCUCUGCGGGCUGCCACUUCCUCCAACACGUGA